AUGUAUCAAGCCGAAGCUGAGCGUGCUCCAUUGAUCUCGCCACCCGACGGGAGCUCAAUGUUCCAUAAAAGUGCCGAGAAUUCGUUGGAUAUGUCAUCAGUGAAUAACAACGACCGGAAACUGUCACAUGCCUACACUCCGUCUCCGAAAAAACUGCGUGCUGUGGAUUCACCGCCAUAUGCUCGUUUGCGCCCUUCCACAUUUCACGUCACCAGUGGACUAGGCUCAGGUGUGAAGGCCAUACCACCACAACCUAAGACACAUGGGUUAGAUAGCUCUUUUCGCUCGGAUUACUCGAGGACGAAGCCGUAUGAUUUGUGGAAGGGCAUUGAUGCCUUCGGAUGUUGGGUUCGCAGUAAUGAACCACAGGGCCUUUUAUGA